GGAAUACGGUGCGAUUGAUGACGUGGACAUCGAUCUGCACAUUGACGUCAGUUUCCUAGAUGAGGAAAUAGCCCUGGCGUGGGACGUGAUCCGCAGGGAGCCGGUGAUCGUGCGUCUACACUGCUCUCUGACACAGUACCUGAAUGGACCAGUCCCCACGGUGGACGUGUUCCAGGCAUCGACUAAGGACCGGUUUGGACUUGGACAUCAGUUGAAGAAGAUAAUGCAGACAUUUGUCACCCAGCAGUGGAAACACCAAAGUGAAGAGAAGCUCAACUCCCUUCACAACAAGAACAAGAAGAAGGUCAAAUCUCCCCUCCACAUCUUCUCAACCCUCCGCAGAUCUCCCAGCUACCCGCCUCCUGGCUGUGUCAAGAGCAAAAAGAAUCUGAAGCCGGAACAAGAUGGCGUCUCUAAAUCCCACCGUCUCCUCGGCCAGACCUGCUCCAGCACCGUUAAACAGCAGGUUGAAGCGGAGGUCCCUGGAACUAAGACCACCCACCGUCUCCUCGGCCAGACCUGCUCCAGCACCGUUAAACAGCAGGUUGAAGCGGAGGUCCCUGGAACUAAGACCACCCACCGUCUCCUCGGCCAGUCCCUGUCAAGCACAGACCCCCGUUUGGACCAUGGAGGAGGGCCCUGUCCCGGACCCCUGCCCCUCAAACCCCGCCGCAUCCUGGGCAGGCCCUGCUCAGCUUUGGUCAAACCAGAGGACCUCCGCCCCACUCCCCACAAGCUCCUGCCCCGAUUGUGCUCCGGCGACCCCCGCUGUGAGCACGCUUGGGGAGGAGGUAGUCUUGGAGGAGGUUUGAAGCACCACAGGCUGCUCAGUAGGUCGUGCUCUGGUUCUAUCAGGACGGAGGAAUUAGAUGGACUGAAACACCACCACCACCUCCUCAGCAGGUCCUACUCCAGCAGUACCAAGAUGGGCAAGGCAGCCGACAUCUUCAAGGACUCUGUGUCUCCAUCCGAGGGGAGGCGGCUCUCUCUUACCUCAGGGCUCAUCGGGAUCCUCGCCCCUCGCUCGCCACGCCCCCGCCGGUCACCAAACAAUGGGGCCAAGUCCAUUCCGAUAAGAGACAGAGGCUUCCUUGUCCAGACCAUGGAAUAUGCUGAGCAGAGAACUCCGGUCCUGAAUGAGUUCUGUGUGGUGUGUGACGAACCACAUGUGUUCCAGAACGGACCCAUGCUCCGACCCACGGUUUGUGAGCGAGAACUGUGUGUGUUUGCCUUUCAAACUGGGGUGAUGAACGAGGCAGCCGACGAGAUCGCCACAGGAGCUCAGGUGGUGGACCUGUUGGUGUCCAUGUGUAGGUCUGCUCUAGAGUCUCCCAGGAAAGUGGUCAUCUUUGAGCCAUAUCCCUCCGUGGUGGAUCCGUGUGACUCCCAGGCACUGGCCUUCAACCCCGGGUAUGAAAAGGAUUAUGACCGAGUGAUGAGAGCCCUUGACAGCCUUACCUCUAUCAGAGAAAUGUCCCAGGCACCUUACCUUGAGGUCAAGAGGCAGAUGGACAAGCAUGAUCCUUUAGCUCACCCCUUACUGCAAUGGGUAAUAUCCAGUAACAGGUCACACAUCGUCAAACUUCCAGUUACCAGACAGCUGAAGUUCAUGCACACCCCACACCAGUUCCUUCUACUCAACAGUCCUCCUGCCAAAGAGUCCAACUUCCGAGCUGCCAAAAACCUCUUCGGGAGUACCUUCGCUUUCCAUGGUUCUCACAUAGAGAAUUGGCACUAUUUGAGAAACGGUUUGGUGGUUGCAUCCAACACAAGACUUCAGGUAAACAACAACAACAACAUCCGAGGAGGUAUACAAUGUGUUUAUCAACCCCUUAAAGGCACAAACUGUGAUUUGAAAUGCCUGACCCCUGAGACUAGUUUGUUUGGUAUGCUGUGGGGUGAGGGCUGAGGAAAUGUAACCCAUAACCAUUCAAGGACACACUUAUCAACCUAACACCUCUUUUCCUUGCAAAUCCACAGUUACCAUACAUAUUUAAUAUACAGUACAUUGCAUAUCGCAUGAUAAAGUGGAACUGACAGCGGUUUUUUAACUACUUUGCAGAUAUGAAACAAACAGACAAUCAUAAUAAUAUCAGUGAAAAAUAUCAAAUCCCCAGUUUGGGGAUGCAUCCUAAAUGGCACCUGUAUCAAAACUAGUGCACUACAUAGGGAAUAGGGUGCCAUAUA